UGCAGACGGUCCCUAAUUGGCCUAAACGCUAGCUGCAAGAGCAUUUUAAUGCGUUGCAACAUAUCGUGGAGGAUUAAAACAAAUAAACUGCGAUGUGUGUUCAGUUCUACCUUCUAAUGCUUUUCAGAUAAGCCAUGUUUUAUACAAUUAUACUCAUUAUACUCAUGCACUAAGAAUUUAUUGAAGGUUUGCGCGGCUGAAUAUCUGUCUAAUAUCCAACGUCAAACAUCGAACCAACUUUAUAUCAGUAUUGGAGAUGGAGUCUGAGAAAAAGGACACCGAUGAGGUUUUGAAGGAACAGAAUGUACUUCUUCGAAUCCGCAAUCUUCGAUCUGUCAGUGCCGCUCUGGAAUCCAUUGAGAAGACAUACAUGCAUACGAAGCAGUCUCAUCCCAUUAUAUACUCUGUGUGUGGCAUGUAUGAGAAAGGUGUGCGUAAGGCUGGCAGCUUGGCCAUGUGGAGCAUUCAACCUGCCCUCCAUGUACUCGAGCCCCAGCUUGUAGCAGCCAACUCAUUGGCCUGCAGAGGACUGGACCACCUGGAGGAGAAGGUACCAGCCUUGCAGUAUCCACCUGAAGAGCUAACAGCAAGCAUCAAGGAGCUGGUGUCAUCAACUUUGGAAACUGCUAAGGAUAGUGUUGGCAGUCCAAUCAAACAGACCUCUAAUGUUGUAAUGGACACGGUAUCUACUGGGUACCAGCAGAGUAAGAAUGCCUUAAAUGACGGCAUACAUUAUGUCCUUAACAGCAAGCUUGUCUGCCUGGCUGAGCAGAGAGCUGACAGGGCUCUUAGUCUGUUGGAAAACCUGGUCGACAUUGUCCUUCCAGUAUCUUCAACUGAGACAGAGGAUGAUGGGAGUAUGGGAGAGCAGGAGCCUGAUGUUGGAGCCUCUGCCCCAAAGCCCAGCUUCAGCAGGCUGGGAGCACUGGCUGGCACCACCUACAGACGAGCAUUGGAGAAGACCGCUGCACAACUUCAGCGCUCCAAACGUCAAGGUCAGGGACUGGUCAAACAGAUCCCUGGCAUGAGUCCCCUGGUUGAGUAUACCAUGAGGACUGUGAAGACCAUAGGAAGUGUAAUACUGGGUCUGCCGAGCUCUGUGGCAGUGUUUCUGAAAGAUGCACAACAGCACAGUUCUCUGAAGGAGAUGACCAGUAAUGAGUUUGAGCAGCUAGAGAGUAAUGGGCUGCUGAGGCUGGUCAGUGGAUUAGGGCAGCAAUUAUUGAUGGUCUAUGGGUCUGUGGUGGCUAAUGUAAAGAAAACCUAUCUAACCAGCUUCAACCUGGCUAAGGAUGGAGUCAGCAUUGUCCUGCAGUCCUAUGGCACAGUCAGGGAGAGAGCACUGCACAUCCUUUCUUAUUAUGGGCUGAUUCCUAGGCGAUCUUCCAAGCCAGAAGGAGGAUCCCAAAUGGCGGAAAAUGAGAGAUCAAAAGAAAGUGUGAGUGUCUCUCUGGUGCUGGAGACUAGUGUAGGAGACCACAUGCACAGUCCCAGUGGCAAUUCUCAAAAGCAGCCCCUUAAGGUUACAGAGCUCAAGGAGAUAUCAGAGGAGACCCGUCAGCUGAAGAUGGAGGUCAUUGAGCAGAUUCCUAUGCAGCAGAAAGCAGUUCUUGGUGGCAGUAACAAGAAAGUAUCCAAGAUCCCUGAGGUACCCAGAUCCCCAAAGAAGAGUCUGACAGAUUGCACCCAGAUCUCCUCCUCAUCGUCUUCUUGCAUUCAUACAGAGCAAAAUGAAUUGGUGAUUGCCCCCCCUACUGAAGAAUGAGAAUGGAAGAAUAGUCAGAGUGGGAUGUGGGUUUCAUUAUUUGUCCUGCAGGUCUGUCAUGUUCAUUUAAAGCAUUAAGCAUAGCAGUCAUGGGUCAUGAUUUCUAAAGUCUCUUAUUAUCACUGUUGAAAACAGUUAUAUAAUAUUUUUGUGGAAACAGUGAUACAUUGUUUUCAGUAUUCUUUGAUGAAUAGAAAGUUCAAAAGAACAUCAUUUAUUUGAAACAAAUCUUUAAUAACAUUAUAAAUGUCUUUACCUUCAGUUCUAAUCAAUUUAAUGCAUCCUUGCUAAAUAAAAAUAAUUUCUUUCAAAAAUAAAAAUAAAAACCUUACUGACCCCCAAAUUUUGAUCACUAGUGUAAUAAGAGGGGGAAAUCCUGAUUUAGAAAUCGUGGUGUGACUUUAAUAUAUACAUUUAAAUAAAUCUUGAAUUAUUUGCGACUGAUUAUAUAAUAGUAACUAUAAUUGAAGAGGUGGUGCAAAUCUCAAUAAUGAAACAGGGCUACUUUUCAAUAUUUUUUAUUGUAUCAACAUUCAUAGCAAUUGGUGAUCAUACACUUUUUCAAUAAGAUGUCCCCUUGAAAAAACAAAAUUAUGAUGAAUUAGAAUUGAUCAAUACACAACGUUUAUUAAAGAAAGACUGCACAGAUGUGACUCUGCUAAAAAGAAAACCAACCUAUUAAGUACAGGAAUAAAUUAAAUACUUCAUAAUCAGAUUUUUACCAUGUCCCUGCAUAUUGUAUGUUUGAGUUAAACAGUGUGCUAGGUGGAGAAGUCCUCAGAUUUUUUUGUUUCACUUUAAAGAUACCAGAUUGACAAUCACAGCAAGUCAUUACAGCAAUGAUUAUUCACUAUUCAGUUAAUUCAUUUAUGGAAUUAAUAUUAACAUUGAACAUAAUUUGUCCAAACGCCUCUUUUAGUCAUGGCAUAAAGAGCUGAUCAAAAUGUUUACAUGCAUACUUGUAAUGCCUGAUUGUGGUCUAUGAAUCUAUAUUAAUUUUCUUUGUUUAGAUUGUUGAUAAAUAAAUACACGUGCAUAAACUGUUAGCUGUA